AGAAAGCAUGAGGCCAAGCAGAAGCAAGAUAAGCAGAAAAAGCCAAGAGAAGAGCAGCAAGAAGCAAGAGCAAAGAGAGCAGAGCAAGCAAAGAGAAGCAGCAGCAAAGCUAAGCAGCUAGAGCAAAGAGCAAGAGAAAGCAGAGCAGAGCAGAGAGCAAAGAGAAGAGCAGCAGAGAAAGAGCAAGAGAAAAAGCAGAAAGAAAGCAAAAAGAGCAGAGAGCAAUAA